AUGGAUGCUAUCCUUGCAAACAUCGAAGAGUCAAGUGUGAUGAACUUCAACCCGCCUGCGGCACAUGCGCUUCCAGAGGCGAACCUUGCUCUUACCCCCUACCACGCCUCCCUUCGAAGAGACCCCCCCAGACCUAGAGAAAAGGCGACUGGGAACAAAGAUGGCGGUCCCUCAUCUGAUUCAUUCGAUCCAUCAAAUGGAGCUCUUCCGCUCGACGCGACUUUACCAGCGAUUUUCUCAAGCCAUAAUAGCCACGCGCGUGUGGACUUACCAAUGAAUGAUUUGAAGCUCCUUCAGUUUUUCAAUUCCUACACGGCGAAACAAAUGUCGCCGCAUCCGAGGAGGGCCAUAGUCUGGCAGCGGAUCAUCCCGGAAAUUGCGUGCAAAAAUCGGUAUUUGAUGCACCUGCUCCUAGCACUAGGAGGCAUCCACAUGAUUACGCAGCACGAGGCCAGCAGCACUAGUGGCUUCGAAGACUUGGAUACGGUGGACUUGGCGAUAGUCAUGGAACAUCAUCAAAGAGGACUGGAAGGUUUUAGGGAGGAGGUCCCCCGCCUUUCUCCCUCCAACGCUGAGGACCUUCUUACUGGUUCUGUACUUCUGGUUGCUUUUGCUUUUGCAUCUCUUAUGGUUCAGGAGCUCAAUCCGCUUGGUAGGACCCCGGAAGAGAUGAAUAGUACCACGGGAAAUUCCUCUUCCGCAAAUGACAUUUUACGUCUCAACUGGUUAUACCUUAACAGAGGGGUAACCAGUAUUCUCUAUGAUCAAUGGCACGUGUUACGAAGCAGUCGGCUCCGGCAGAUGCUGGUAUUCUCACAGAAUAACGAGCGUUGGGAGGAUUUACCGUUUGCUCCACUACCGUCUCGACUUUCUCGUUGCUCACCCCGCCUGGUUAAAUUUGCCGAAGGUGCCAGCCAAGCAGUCGCAAACAUCAAAGCUUCUUUGCGUGCGCUCGAACCCGCUAGGGAUUACUUAUCCAGCUGCUCGGGUACGCCGACAUCUCACCUCCCAGAGUCGCCUACGACUCUAGACUCCGUUGUCGACGCGCACUCUGAGACCAUAGACGUCCUGGAUACUUUAUAUUUACGCAUUCUCUCCGUAUUGCGGUGUGAAGCAACUGACAAUCCUGCUGACCUAGAAAUCCAGUUGGAUUUUGAAGAGGCGGCGAUUUUGGCCUGGCCGGUCCAGCUUCCAAGUCCAUUCUUAGCGUCUCUUGAGAGAGGCGAACCUAAUUACCUUGGUGGAUACUCACUCGUCAUUUUGGCUCAUUUUUAUUUGGCAAGUACUUUACUUGAUAUGUGGUUUCUGAAGGGCGCCUUUGAAAGAGAGAUACUGAAAGUCAACACGCUUAUCGAUUCCCUGAAUGAAAGCCAACUGUCAACACUUAUGCUAUGGCCCAACGAGGUCGUGGCUUCGACCCUGAGAUGUGCUCCUUGA